UCAUCUCACUCUCUCUCUCUCUCUCCGCUUAAAGUGAAGCGGCCUUCCUCAGGAUUUUCCCGAGAAAGUUUUAUUUUUCUCCCGAGAAAAUUUCAGACGUAAAUUUUUUCCGGAAUAUAAGGAGAAGCCAUUGUUGUAGUAUUCUCUGUGUUUUGAGUUUCCGCAUGGGGGUGAAAGUAGCUUCUUCUUCAUCUCCGUUCCUUCAUUGGACGACGACUCAACCUAUCGUUCAUCAGUGUUCGUCCCCUUCUCAAACCCUACCUUCAAAACGACGGCGGAGCAUUGGUCACGACGACGUACGGUUCCUAUCUUCUCGAUUUGCCCCGCAGAGGUUGAUGAACCGUUCAGCUCUUUUAGGAACGAAGCUUCAUCGCUCCAAGUCAUGUGACCUAUGGGAAUCAUCAUCAUCAUCACCUAGACCUAUUCGAAGAGUUUGUAGCGCAAGGUUAGAUCCUCCAUUCUCCGAUGAGGAGUUUUCUAAAAAGAUCCAAGAGCUUACUCUCAGAUUCAAUGUCCCAAACCUAUACGGUUCAGAGCCUCACGAUUACAAAGCUAACUCAAUGGAGCCGCCGUGGAACGAGAUGGUGCAUUUGUCGAGUAUUGAAAUGAAAGCAAACAGUGUUGACCUUCCUCUUUCGCUUAGGAUCAUGAAGAAGAAGCGACAAUGGGAAGGAGUCAAACAAGUUGGUGAAUCAGCGUGUUGUUCCAUGAACAGAGCGUUUUCGUCGAUGGUGUUUAUGAUUAGGGAGCUUCAGAGCUUUACUCUGCAUAUGAGAGAGGUUCUGUUUUACGAAGAUUUGCAAGAGAUCUUGCUUAGAGUUAGAGAAGAGUUGCACCAAUCUUUCGUUUGGUUGUUUCAACAAGUCUUCUCCGCGACACCUACGUUGAUGGUUUACGUUAUGAUACUCUUAGCUAACUUCACUGUUUACUCGAUCGGGAGCAACUCUGCUUUAGCUGCUCCUCUUCCUCAGAUGGUUACAGAGGUAACAACCGUCAGUGAAACUGAUGAAGCAACAAACGUGAAGUUCGAUUCCACGAUUGUGAAAACGUUCUUUGUAUCAUCGUCGUCUCCCAAUGGGAAUACAACUUCGGUUGGUGGUAACAACAAUGGCGGCGGCGGUGGAAACAUUAAGCCGGUGUUAAGUGGAACAGAUGGUGGUGAUGGAUUCGAUGGAUCAGAACAGUUCAGAACAAUCAUACCCGAAGGAGUUUCUCAAUUGUCAUCAUCGAGUUUUGGGUCAACGACUACAGAGUCAGAGCCGUCAGUAUCGGGACAAGAUGAAAACAGGCUGUGGAAUUCGAUGGUGGAGGAAGCAGAUCGAAUGCAGUAUUCAGACAUAGAUGAUUCGUUGGAUCACGACACUAGGAAGCGGUUCGUGUCUUCUGUUGAGGCUCGAGUAGAAGCAGAGGAAGACACGGAUUACUUCAAAACAGAGCUUAUGUACCAAACAGGACUGUCUCAAGAGCCUAAUAAUCCUCUCUUACUUGCUAACUAUGCUCAGUUCCUCUACCUCGUCUCUAACGACCAUGACAGAGCGGAAGAUUACUUCAAACGAGCGAUAGGAGUGGAACCGAAAGACGCGGAGGCGCUUAGCAAAUACGCGACGUUCUUAUGGAGAGCACGAGACGAUCUUUGGGCGGCUGAGGAGACUUUCUUGGAAGCCAUCGAUGCCGAGCCGACCAACUCGUACUACGCCGCUAAUUACGCCAAUUUCUUGUGGAACACUGGCGGUGAUGACACGUGUUUCCCUCUUGACGACGAGGCUCAGGAAGACACCAUCUAGAUAAGAUGGUGCAACAAGUUGUCUCUCUAUUAGAAAAAUAUAAACAAAAUGAUAUACAAGUACUACUAAUUAAUGAAUAUAAAACAUAUGUGCAUACCAUGUGUGUAUUAUGUAUAUGCCUGUUUGUCACCAAGGAGCGAUGGUUAAACCGUAAAAGAGUUAAUCCCCU